AUGGGUGCUAAAGAGGUUGACAAGGCCCUCCGGGAAUCCUUCAAGAAGGGCUUGGCUGUGCGAAAGAGCAUAGCUGAUCUCAAAGAAACUAAGAAGCUUGAGAAGGGUGAGAAAGCCAAGAAGACACGUGGCACUCUCAGUGUGGCCUCCUCGUCGUCUUCCGGGGUGCCAGAUAAUCCGCCCGUGUCGCUGGAUGAACGUCUCAAUGGACCCACCUCGCUAACAUUGGGUGAGCUCAUGACCAGUGAGCGGCUCAAUUAUGAGGAUGCCUUAAGGGUUUUUCUGAAUGUCAGGCAGGAGUUUGAGGAGCAAGCAAAGAACGAAGCCAAGGCAAACUCUAAAACCUCUGGCAAACGCAAAGCCGAAGAGACACCGAACGAGGAAGAGGAUGACGAGCUUGAUUGCCCGGACCCUGCCAAGCCUCCAAAGGCCAGCCCCAAGACCCGAGGCAAGCCGAAAGCCAAGGGCAAGGCGAAGCCCCUGCCCAAGGAGCCUGAGGAGGAGGAAGAGGAAUCUGAUGACAAUCAGGAUCCCGGCAAACUGUUGAAGGCCACCCCAAAGACCCGAGCCACGCCCAAAACCAAGAGCAAAGCCAGCCGCACCGCCAAAGAGCCACAGGAGGAGGAAGAGGAAAAAGAGGAUUCCCCGGAGCCCGCCAAGCCCCCAACCCGAGCCACGCCGAAAUCCAAGCCAGAUCAGGAGGAUAAGGAGCACGACCUUGCCAUCCUUCCAAAGGCCAGCCCCAAGACUCGAGCCAGCCCAAAAGUGAAAGCCAAGGGCAAGCCCAAGCCCCUGCCCAAGGAGCCAGAGGAAGAGGAAAAGGAUGAUUCACCGAAGUCUGGCAAGCUUUCCAAGGCAAACCCAAAGGGCCGAGCCACGCCGAAAGCCAAGGAUGAGGAGCACGAUUCCCCGGACCCUGCCAAGCCUCCAAAGGCUAGCUCCAAGACCAGAGGCAAGCCCAAAGCCAGGGGAAAUGCCAAGCCCCUGCCCAAGGAGCCUGAGGAGGAGGAACAGGAAUUUGAUGAAAAUCAGGAUUCCGCCAAUCUGCCAAAGGCCACCCCAAAGAGCCGGGCCACGCCGAAAGCCAAGAGCAAGGCCACAUGCACCGCCGAAGAGCCACAGGAGGAGGAAGAGGAAGAGAAUCAGGAAGAGGAGGAAGGCAUCGCAGCGGAACCCAAGAAAAAGGCAACCCCGAAGUCGAAAGCUGCAACAAUCCGCAGGACAAAGAAAAGAGCCUUGAAGCGCAAGAAUGCAAAGGAGAGCUUGGAGGAGGAUGCUGCAAAGAGCACGAAGAGCAGGGCCAUCACCGCACGCACACCCCCGAAAGUCCGCCUGCAUGGGAAGACCAAGCCUGCAAAAAAUCAGAAGGUACCUCCGGCCCCGCAUCCGGAUGAAGCUGACACCCAGCUCGAGAACCUAUGGAACCAGUCAGGUGAUGACUCCGAUGGUUUGGCACCGCAGCAUGAGGAGGAGGAGCACUCGGAACACCAUGAUGACACGGAGCACACAGAACAGGAUGAUGACGAGGAGCAAGAGGAUGAUGGCCAGGAGCACCCAGAACAGAAUGAUGAGGAGCAGCAAGAGGAUGAUGGCGAGGAGCACCCAGAACAGCAUGAUGAGGAGGAGCAGCCAGAAGAGGACAAGGAUGAUGACCAGGAUUCUCCCGAGUCCUGUCUGACCUUCAAAGCCGGGCAAAACAGCCUGAAUUAUGCGGGCGAGGCAGCACUUCGUGGCACGCUUGCUCGAGGCGACUCCCUAUCUGACUUGUCGGAUCUAUUGAAAACGCUUGGUCCCAGUGCCAGCCAACUCGGCUACGCAGAGGAGCUAAGCGGCUUGCUUCGACGUGUUGAUGGUUUGGUGCAAAGCAAGGAAGCCGAGUCUAGUGCGAAGGCAGCAGCAGCCAAGCCCGAGCCAGGAUCAAAGCCUGCAUCCCCACCCAAGCGAAAAAAGACAGGAGCAAAGCCCGCAUCCCCGUCCAAGCAAACAGCUGAAUCACCCGAGAAGCCGUCAGCUGCCAAGCCACCAGCCCCGGCCGCACGCAAGCCCGCAAUCCUGGCCCUGCCGGCCACGGCUGGUCAGGGUGAGGGUCAGGAGAGAGAGGGUGUUGUCAACAGCACGACACACAAGAAAGCUUACAUGAAGAUGGACCGCUUUUACAAGGCUGGCAAGUUCGACGGGUGCCCGAACGUCAAGAUGCUCAUGGAAGGCUCGCUCGAGGAUCGCAACAAAGCCCUGCGAGAGUGGGUGGCUUUCGGUGGCAAUGCAGCCCAGAUGGAAGCCAAGCUGAGCUUCGAGCGAACGAGCUCGGUUCUUGGACAGCGGGUGUGGGAACAGGUUGCGGUGAAGGACAUGCGGCAUCCGCCGUAUUCGUUCAGCAAGCUGCCCGGUGUUGAUUUAAUGCAGUGCAUGUGCUAUGUGCUUGCUGCAAUGAUAAUAGCUCUUCAGUUGCUGUUGGUACGCAUCACCUGCACUGAGACGAAAGAUUGA